GACUGACUGAGUGUGCUGAACUUGCUGUGUGGAGAAACAUGGAGAAAGUGUUGCGGAUUUACAAGCUGUUGAGCAAUUAUGACUUCAUGUUCAGACUUCAUGUUUUGUCAGGUCUUCUUCUGUAAGCGUAUACAUGCGGCAUUUAAGCCUUUGAUGUGUGUUGUAUUAAGGUUUAUAGCAGCGAUGAGCCGUGUUCUGUACUGAAGUGCUACAAAAUGUAACCGUUUCCACGGUAAACACUUAAAAACAAACUAACAGAUGACAGAUAUCACGACCUUCAUAAAGAGAGGAUUAAUUGGAGGGGUUUACUACGGUUUAGUUUUAUUUAGGUGUUCGCAUUAAACGGCUUACUUUGUGCAUCUGUGUGUACACCAAACACAAAUUGUGAAAUGAGAAACCGUGACAGCUAAAGGUGAUCAGGAUUUUUCAGUUAGUUCAAUAUAUAUAAACCAUGUGGCCAAAUCAAGGUCCUCCUCCACCAGUCGGUCCACCAAACCCAGCCUUUCCUCCUGGCUACAAUACUGGUUAUCCUGCUGCCCCUCCUCCAGGAGCCUUCCCCCAGCCUCCACCUCCACCAUACUCUGCUGGCCAGUUCCCAGCUCCUAUGAAUCCAGCCAUGGGACCACACGGUGCACCAGGGGCGAUGCCUUACGGAGCUCCUGGACUUCACCCUUAUCCUAUGGCUCCAGGUGGAUAUCCAGUUGUUCCUCCUGCAGGUGUUCACCCAGGUCCAUAUCCACACUCCCCCAAAGGCGGCAAAUACAAAGGUCAUCAUCAUCCUCAUCCUCAUCAUGGAGGGCUAAAUCCCAUGUCUGGAGCCUUAGCCGGGGGAGUUGCAGGAAUGGGAAUGGGGCUAAUGGGGCACAAAGCAAACAAAAAGAUGCACAAGAAGAUGAAAAAGGCACACAAACAUAAGCACUACAAACAUGGCAAGUCCUCCAGCAGCAGCAGCAGCAGCAGCAGCAGCGACUCAGACUGAGGCGACUGGUUUGAAGCAUGGCUUUCACAUAAAAGCUGUGUAACAACAGCACAGCGCAACUAUUAACUGUUAACAGUUAACUGUCAAUGCAUUAAAGCAGUUCUUAUAGCCUUUUGCAGAUUUUUGCUGAGUCACAGCAAAUCUCACAUGGUCACUAUAUAUGUAUGACACUAGAAAUGCAUACAGCAGCUCUUUGUGUGUGUGUGUGUGUGUGUGUGUGUGAGAGAGAGAGAACUUUAAUCAGCACUGGGAUACCACCUCAUGUUGAAUUUAACUUUGGUUUGUGAUUUUUAGGUGAAAUGUUGCAAUUUAUCUACUGUUACUAUUCUCUAAUAUUACAAUGACAAACAUGUAGAUAACUGAAAAAGAGACUGCAGCACUGUGCAGAUGAUUUUCUUAA